CACCAAAACAUACUAACUACACAACAAUCUUCUUUCUUCCUAUUACCAACCCUCAUCCAUGGCAAACUUCAACACUUUCUUUCUUCCUUUAACCCUUUCCUUCCUUUUCGCUUCUCUGGUUUCCGCCACCUUCUACCAAACUCUCUCUCCCGAUCAGUUACGUUCUCGUGAGAAGCUCACACACAUUCGCUUCUACUUUCACGAACAGAUCACCAACGAGAAACCCUCUCUCCUCAUAAUCGACCCUCCAAAGAUCAUGGCAGACUCUCCUCUUCCAUUCGGGUCCAUGGUGGUGAUCGAGAACCGAUUGACGAUUGGACCUGAUGUCGAGUCCAAAAGGAUAGGAAAAGCUCAGGGCUUUUACCUCUCUGCAACCCAAAGGCCAGGUUUGGAUUUGGAGAUUGUGAUGAGUUUUACCUUGACAUUCUUGGAAGGAGAAUUCAAUGGCAGCACUUUGUGUGUGUCGGGGAGGAACGAGAUCAUGCUUCCAGUGAGAGAGAUGCCGAUUAUUGGUGGCACAGGUGCUUUCCGCUUCGCACGUGGUUUUGUUCAUGCUCGCAGUGUCAAGGUCGAUUACCACAAAGGUGAUGCCACAGUCGAAUACAAUGUUUACGUCUACCAUUAUUCCUCCACCACCACCACCACCUCUUCCUCUCAUCAACAUGUUAACGAGGGUCUUAACUUCAUGACAGACCCCAUUCUCAGCAAAAUAUAAACUUUAUCUGUGUGUUCCAGUUCAUUUAUAAACUUCCAAAAUUUGUAUUGAAAGUUAGAGUUUCUAACUUGUUUGGUACAAUAUUUUGGUAAGUUUUAAACUAACUUACACACAUAAACAAGUCAAGAAAUCAGAGUGGUGGUGGGAAUAAAUCCAAAGACAAGUUUUCCUAAUUCACGCCGUUUAGAGCUAUGAAUAAUUCUGGUGUGGAAGUCUUUGAUGUAAUGCAAGUUGCGUAGCUGAAUAAUGUGCCUCUGGAAUAGUUUUUGUCAGGGGAUGUUGACCGUUGUGUUUGUUGUGUAAUAGAACAGAGAGAGAAGAAUACAUGAUGAGGACUAUAAUAAGCAUGAUGUCAAAAGAAAUUAUUUGGAAGUAAUGUAUUAGUUUAUCUAUAUAUUGGUCUGUUUUUUCGAAAGAUGGUUUGGUUUCAUGUA